CAUGGCAACGUCAGUCGUCCCUUUACGACAGAGCAUGCUGCUGGAGGUCAGGGGCAUGGUGAGAAGACGAGUUAGGUAAUUCUCAAAGAAAAAAAGUCACUUGGAAAAUUCACUUAGGAUUCAACACAUACACCGCGAGGAUAUUGUCUGUUGUUUUCGGUGGAUCCAGUCGCUCGUCGUUCAUCGUUUCGUCCUGAAUUUUGAGUGUUGCAACAUAGCUAACGUUAGCUAGCCAGGCCGGCUCUGCUAGCAGCCACUUCCUGGCUCCAGUUUGUUUUAGGUGACCCUCCGGAGCGUGUUUAACCAUGGACAACAACUCACAAGGAUCGGGGGGUGUCAGAGCAGGUCUCGGGGGUCUCUUUGGCGGCGGUGCACCUGAAUACUCCAACACAGAGCUCGCCGGAGUCCCAUUGACUGGAAUGAGCCCCCUGUCCCCUUACCUCAAUGUCGACCCUCGUUAUCUGGUUCAGGACACAGAUGAGUUCAUUCUACCCACAGGCGCCAAUAAAACAAGAGGAAGGUUUGAACUAGCUUUCUUCACAAUUGGAGGCUCCUGUAUGACUGGAGCCGCUCUCGGAGCUGUAAAUGGUCUCAGGAUGGGCCUAAAGGAGACCAGAGACAUGGUGUGGUCCAAACCUCGUAAUGUACAGAUUCUUAACAUGGUGACCAGGCAGGGUGCCUCGUGGGCCAACUCUCUUGGUUCUGUCGCGUUGUUGUACAGUGCUUUUGGUGUGGUGAUAGAAAAGGCCAGAGGAGCAGAGGAUGACAUCAACACAGUGGCUGCUGGGACUUUAACUGGGAUGCUCUUUAAAUCAGGAAGUGGAUUAAAGGGUGUAGCCCGCGGAGGUCUGGUUGGUUUAGCCUUGUCUGGUGCCUACGCUCUCUACAACAACUGGGACCACCUCGCUGGCUCCUCCUCCUCCUCCUCCUCCUCCUCCUCCUCCUCCUCCUCCAGGCUAUACUAAACCUUUUCUCCCCACACAUCUGCUUCAGUGUUAGGGCCAAAUAUCUCUCCAGGACACAGCCUUUAACCACAGCACUAAGAGGAAUUAGACUCUGGUCAAAUGCAGUGUGCUUUCCAGGGAAGUGAGGUGGCCCCAGUUGCUGGUUCCUCCCUCCAUAAGUCACUCUCUUUUUCCUUUCCUGAAGCAUUCUGGGAAUUGAAAGAUGUGUCUGAAAAAGAAGUUGUGAAAAUGCAAACUAAAUUCCACUGGAGAUCCAGCACCUCUCCUCCAUUUGUCUUUAUCCUCUGAGGUAUUCCUGUCACUGAUCUGAUCAGUAAUGAGGACACCCUGUGAGGAUGUCAUUUGUUAUAUCAUUGUUUAUGGGAGACUUAUUAGUCUUCUUUGAUGCUAGUUUUGAAAUCCUGUGAACCCAUGACAUGUGGGUUGAAUGAGCCGAUUCUACUUUGUGACAUCUGGUAUGUGCUUCACCAGAUGAGUGGCAGUGGAUUCAUGUUGUGAUUCUGGACUGAAAGACUCUUCUGUUGUAGAAGAGCAAAGAGAUUUUCAACCAAGACGUGCAAACACAGAACAAACCCUUACGGUCAGUUCUACUCUUGUAUUUAUUAAAGCGUUAUCUGUAGUGGGUUUUGUUUUACUGUGCGAGAAGAAGUCACUGUAAAGCUCUACUGGAAGUGCGUGCUGUUAAUGUGUCUCCAUAAAACCCACUGUAUGAAAAACUAAAUAAAAAAAAAUGGGAAAACUU